UCUGUACACACAACUCUGGUUGAUUCUGCAAGCUGUGGCACCUACUGACUUGCAAAGACAGCACACCUGGCUUAUGGCAAAACAGAAAGUGCAGAUGGAACAGUACUGAAAUGGAAGUUUUUACCUUUGAAGACAAUGUUAGGACCAAGAUAUGAUGAGCAGGUUGCUGAAGAAAAUCGUUUUCACCCAAGUAUGUUAUCCAACUACUUAAAGAGUCUGAAGGUUAAAAUGGGUUUGCUGGUAGACUUGACCAACACUUCUAGAUUCUAUGACAAAAAUGAUAUAGAGAAAGAGGGAAUUAAAUAUAUAAAGCUCCAGUGUAAAGGGCAUGGUGAGUGCCCUACACCUGAGAAUACAGAAACAUUUAUCCGUGUAUGCGAACGCUUCAGUGAUAAGAAUCCUUCAGAGCUUAUAGGUGUCCAUUGUACACAUGGUUUCAAUAGAACUGGAUUUUUGAUCUGUGCCUUUUUGGUCGAGAAGUUGGACUGGAGUAUUGAGGAUGCUGUGGCUACUUUUGCUCAGGCCAGACCUCCAGGUAUUUAUAAGGGUGACUAUUUGAAGGAAUUAUUUCGUCGUUAUGGCGAUGAAGAUGAUGCACCAGCACCACCAGAGCUUCCAGAAUGGUGCUUUGAUGAAGAUGAAGAGGAGGAUGAUGAUAAUGGUAAAACUGGAGGCCCAGAAUCAGAACCCGGAUCAUCAAGCUCUUACUUUGGCAAGAGGAGAAAAGAACGCCUAAAACUGGGUGCAAUUUUCUUGGAAGGAAUAACAGUUAAAUGUGUGACCCAGGUGACAACACAACCAAAAUUAGGAGGAAUACAGCAAAAAUGUCAGCAAUUCUGUGGAUGGGAAGGGACUGGAUUCCCUGGAGCACAGCCUGUUUCAAUGGACAAGCAAAAUAUUAAAUUUUUGGAGCAGAAGCCAUACAAAGUUAGCUGGAAAGCAGACGGCACCCGGUACAUGAUGCUGAUUGAUGGCAAGAAUGAAGUUUAUAUGAUUGAUAGAGACAAUUCCAUUUUUCAUGUAUCCAACCUGGAGUUUCCGUUUCGUAAAGAUCUUCGCACACAUCUAACAAACACUCUUCUAGAUGGGGAGAUGAUCAUCGACAAGGUUAAUGGACAGGUUGUCCCUCGGUACUUGAUAUAUGACAUUAUUAAGUUUAAUGGACAGCCUGUUGGAGAUUGCGAUUUUAAUGUUCGACUUGCAUGUAUAGAGAAGGAGAUUAUAUUUCCACGACAUGAAAAGAUGAAAAGUGGUCUCAUUGACAAAGCACAGGAACCGUUUGGUGUUCGAAACAAACCAUUUUUCGACAUCUACACUUCUAGAAAGCUCUUGGAAGGAAACUUUGCCAGAGAAGUUAGCCAUGAAGUGGAUGGACUGAUAUUUCAGCCUACGGGAGCCCAUCUUGGAUAUUGUGAGGCUGCUAAAAGGUCUCCCUGGAGCCUUCUCCUUCUCCAGGUUAAACAUCCCAGCUCCAUCAGCCUGAUUUUAUGGGAGAGAUGCUCCAGCCCUGUGAUCACCUCAGUGGCUCUUCUCUGGGCUUGUUCUAAUAGCUCUGUGUCUUUCUUAUGCUGGAAGUCACAGAUCUGGACACAGCAUGUCAGGUGGGGGUCUCAUGAUAACAGAGGGGCAGAAUCACCUCCCUGGCCCUCUGUCCUCACUUCUUGUGAUGUAGUCCAGGGUAUAUUGGCUUUCUGAGCUAAAAGUGCACCCUGACAGCUUAUGUUGAGCUUUUUGUACACAAACACCUCGAAAUCUUUCUCCCCAGGGAGAAAGUCUUGAUCCAUUCUCCACCCAGUCUGUGUUUGUGC